AUGACGCCUCUCAGAGUCGGCUACGUGCCGGAACACUUCUCCACGCCGCUUCAGUUUGCCCAGAAGCACGGGUUUUUCUCCCGCCAGGGCCUCCAGAUAACGUUGAUCCCAUACCCCAGCGGCACCGGCCACAUGAUAAGCUCUUUGAACUCGCAGGAGCUCGACGUUGCCAUCGGGCUCACCGAGGCGUUUGUCCGCGGUCUGCUAGCGGAUCCCGCCCAGCCGCCAAGCUACGAAAUUGUCUCCACGUACGUGUCGUCGCCGCUCAAUUGGGCCGUGUCGACGGGCGUCAACAGAGACGACGUGACCGAACUGAGCCAGCUGGAGGGCGCCAAGAUAGGCGUGUCGCGCAUCGGAAGCGGCUCGUACGUGAUGUCCUACGUGUUGGCCCAGCAGCAGCGCUUCGAGCGUGACCCGCCCUUUGCCGACUGGCCCGUUUGUGACACGUUCGAGGGUCUCCGCAGGGCGGUCAACAGCGGCCAAUGCGACGCGUUCAUGUGGGAAUACUUCACCACGCGCGCCCACUACGAGGGACCUCACAGGGAUCUCAAGAUGAUCGGAAACAUCCUGACACCCUGGGCCUCGUGGGUCGUGGUCAAGAACACAAAGAUCGGCCGGGAGACCAUGGACCGUUUCCAAGCCGCAGUGCGCGACGGGAUCGAGUACUUCGAGAACCACACCGAAGAGGCGAUCCAGUACAUCAGCCAGCAGUUACCCUACAGCGAACAGGACGCACGUGACUGGCUUGAAACGGUGGAGUUUGAAGUUGGUGAUUCACGUGACCCAAUGGAAAAAGCAGAGCGGGUGCUUCGGGUGUGCGGAGUUUUGCCCGGUCGAACGGAGAACGCCGAGGCGACCCCGGGUUCGCAGUAA